CAAGAGUCGUGUACGCAUGUCUACUCCUGAGAGGUGGGAGUGGCAACAAAUGGUGGGUGCUGGUGUUGUCACCAACAUGGACCGUCCAGAUUUUGAUGAAGAGUCUGGAGUUUUGAGGCCAGAGGAAGAGGAGAGUGAUGGAGAGGAUUAUGAGGUUGAAAUCGUGGAGGAGGAGCCAGAAUUCCUUCGCGGAUACGGCAAGGGAAAUCAAGAGAUUGAGCCGGUCAAAGUGGUCAAAAAUCCUGAUGGAAGCAUGGCACAAGCUGCUCUCAUGCAGAGCGCAUUGUCAAAAGAGCGAAGAGAAGCAAAAAUACAAGCAAAUCGAGAAAAAGACGCCGAGAGGAGUAGCGGUCUGAAGUCAAACAGCACUCGAAUACUUGACCCCAUGCAAGAAAGAGAUAUGGGUAAUGACGAUGAUAGAGGGCCUAUGAGACGUGAUAAGGACAUGCCAGAGUGGAUGAAACACGUUACUGCAGGAGGAAAGGCAACCUAUGGCAAACGCACUAAUUUAAGCAUGAAAGAGCAACGCGAAACUCUGCCAAUAUUUAGUCUGAAGAAAGCAUUGCUGCAGGCUAUGGCUGAUAACCAGAUACUCGUAGUAAUCGGAGAAACAGGUUCAGGGAAAACAACGCAGAUAACACAGUACGCCGUGGAAGCGGGAUUUGCUCGAAAAGGAAAAAUCGGUUGUACGCAACCCAGACGCGUGGCUGCAAUGUCCGUAGCGAAAAGAGUUGCUGAAGAAUUCGGGGCCAAGUUAGGUCAAGAAGUCGGAUAUACAAUUCGUUUUGAAGAUUGCACCAGGUACGCAGUAGUCCUUGGUAGUUUGAACUUUUCCUUUUAUCACAAUGAUACAGUCGCAUUCACAUAAUA